AUGCCAAAAAGUCGUUUCUUUUACAUCCGAGAUGAGAACUCCGGAUACUUGUUUUUAGUGGACACUGGGGCACAAAUUAGUGUAAUACCAGCCAAGCCUAAUAUGUUGACUAGAAAGACAGAUUAUACGUUACAAGCGGCGAAUGGAUCUUCAAUCCAGACAUAUGGUGAAACCUCUUUAACCCUAAAUCUGGGAUUUAGGCGAUCUUUUCCGUGGGUAUUCACGAUAGCCCAAGUUCGAACCCCAAUCCUUGGAGCGGAUUUCCUCGCCCACUUUAACUUGUCCGUUAAUAUGUCUUCCCUUUCUUUGAAGGAUAAAACGACCAACAUUACAAGGAAAGGAAUUACAUUUAUUUAUACGAGCACAUGUAUCAGGGCAACUGUACCUGAAGCCAACGGAAUGCAGGAUCUGUUACAAAAAUAUUCUCAAAUUACAACAACAUUCUGGUAUACAGAAACCGUUCGUCACAAUGCUGAGCACCACAUUGAUACUACGGGCCCACCCGCGCAUUCAUCUCCACGGCGAUUGAGGCCUGAUAAGUAUAAACUGGCGAAAGACGAGUUUCAGCACAUGCUGGACCUCGGUAUAAUUAGACCUUCUUCGAGUCCUUACUCAUCUCCUCUUCAUAUGGUUCCAAAACCGGACUCAGGAGCUUGGAGACCUUGUGGCGACUUCCGGAAGCUGAAUGCUACUACAAUUCCGGAUAAAUACCCCAUCCUGCACUUGCACGAUUUCGCAGUGGGUCUGUAG